AUCCCCAAAUCCCCAUGGGCCACGACAACCGAGCAUAAGCGGGGGGAGGUCGAGCAGCCGGGGCUGCAAAUCGGCUGGCAGGCCAGGCCAGGCUCCGGCGUGACUCCCGAUGUUCAGUCCCGUUGGUUGUCUUUGCCUCGGGGAUCCGCGCGCGUCUCCUCCCAUAAAUAAGGCCCCCAGCGUGGGUGCUUUGGGGAUAGCCUUGACAUCAAACUCAACUGUGACGGAGAUAUUUAACCGUUGAGGUUGUAAUUGUUCCUCGUCAUCGUUCUCCUUAUUUCUUCUCUUCCUUUAGCCUUCUUGCGUGGGAAUUUACCUCGUUGGAAUCCUUUAGAGAUUCCAUUCCGGCCGGCUGACUGACGGCUUACUCCUGGCCUCGACGACUGGCUCGCCAUGAUCGCCUUGCUCCUCUCGCCCUAUGGGGCCUAUCUGGGCCUGGCCCUGCUGGUCCUGUACUAUCUCGUCCCCUAUCUGAACCGCUCCCACUUGCGCGACAUUCCCGCCCCUGGUCUGGCCGCCUUCUCCAACCUGUGGCUACUGCUGCAAACUCGUCGUGGCCAUCGUUUCGUCACCGUCGACAAUGCGCACAAGAAAUACGGCAAGCUGGUCCGCCUGGCGCCCCGGCAUACCUCCAUCGCCGACGAUGCCGCCAUUCAGGCCGUCUACGGCCACGGAAACGGCUUCUUGAAGUCUGACUUCUACGAUGCCUUCGUUUCCAUCCAUCGCGGUCUGUUCAACACCCGGGACCGCGCCGAGCACACCCGCAAGCGCAAGACCGUCUCCCAUACCUUCAGCAUGAAGUCCAUCGGCCAGUUCGAGCAGUACAUCCACGGCAACGUUGAGCUCUUCGUCAAGCAGUGGAACCGCUUGGCCGACACACAGCGCAACCCCAAGACUGGCUACGCCAGCCUGGACGCCCUGAACUGGUUCAACUAUCUGGCCUUCGACAUCAUCGGCGACCUGGCCUUUGGUGCUCCUUUCGGCAUGCUGGACAAGGGCAAGGAUAUCGCCGAGAUGCGCAAGACCCCUGAUGCGCCCCCGUCCUACGUCCAAGCCGUCGAGGUUCUCAACCGCCGCGGCGAGGUCUCCGCCACCCUGGGCUGCUACCCGGCUCUCAAGCCUUACGCCAAGUACCUACCCGACCGCUUCUUCCGCGACGGUAUCCAGGCCGUCGAGGACCUAGCCGGCAUUGCCGUCGCCCGAGUCAACGAGCGUCUCCGCCCCGAAGUCAUGGCCAACAACACCCGUGUCGAUCUCCUCGCCCGCCUCAUGGAAGGCAAGGACCAGAACGGCGAGAAGCUGGGCCGCGCCGAGCUCACAGCCGAAGCACUGACGCAAUUGAUCGCCGGCUCCGACACCACCUCCAACACCUCCUGCGCCAUCCUUUACUGGUGCAUGCGCACCCCCGGCGUGAUUGAGAAACUCCACAAAGUCCUCGACGAGGCCAUCCCUCAAGACAUCGACGUCCCCACCCACUCCAUGGUCAAGGAUAUCCCCUACCUCCAAUGGGUCAUCUGGGAAACCAUGCGCAUCCACAGCACCUCCGCCAUGGGUCUACCCCGGGAAAUUCCCGCCGGCAACCCCCCCGUCACCAUCUCCGGCCACACCUUCUACCCCGGCGACAUCGUCUCCGUCCCCAGCUACACGAUCCACCGCUCCCCCGAGAUCUGGGGUCCCGACGCCGAACAAUUCGUCCCCGAACGCUGGGACCCAUCCCGUCUCACGGCCCGGCAAAAAGCCGCCUUCAUCCCCUUCAGCACGGGCCCGCGCGCCUGCGUCGGCCGCAACGUCGCUGAAAUGGAACUCCUGGUCAUUUGCGGGACGGUCUUCCGUCUCUUCGACUUUGAAAUGCAGCACGAGGGGCCCAUGGAGACUCGUGAGGGUUUCCUUCGCAAACCGCUUGGGUUGGAUGUCGGGAUGAAGAGGAGACAGCCUGGUUCGGCUUAGAGUACAAUUCCUUUGGGAGGAAGGGGUGGUGAUAAGAGAAAGGGAAAGAUAGGGGAAAUAUUGGGUCUAUGUUUCUUUGUAUAUGUAUGAGCAUGAGCGAGACUUGUGGGUUAGAUUGAUUACUGCUAGGCUAGCGAGCUAGCAAGCAAACAAUGAUAUGAUGAGAUGAUCAC